AUGGCCACAAAAAAGCCGGGGAACUGGCUAAAGCACACAGACCCGGCUGGGGCCAUCUUCUGUGCUCGUGUGGGGAACCUGGCAAAUAUUUUAACCCUCGUAUAUUCAACCCCUACAGCUAAAGCCCAUGUUCGUUCAGUAGGACCUCGGCUUCUUUAGGCCAACACUGCAAACCAAAGACAGGGUGUUUUUUGCCUGCUUUUUCUAUUUGGGGCAAAAACGGGGGCAAUUUACCUCCCAAACUCGUCCUAAUGCAAUUUUUCAGAAAAGCAUAUUUUGAGCGUGGAGCAGAGGACCUUUUAAAAUCACCAUUGCAUUUAGUCUCUUUUAACACCGCUGCCCCCUCCUGCCAAACAAAAAAUUCAAAGCAACCUUUUAAAGCGUUCCAUUAAAAAGGCAUGUACAGUGAGGGAAAAAGUAUUUGUCCCCUGCUUUUUUGUACUUUGCCCCUGACAGAAAUAUCAGUCUAAUUUUUAAGGUAGGGUUAUUUUAACGUGAGGAAAAGAAAACAAAAAAAAAAAUCCGAACCCCAUGCAAAAAUUUUUAAAUUUAUUUUUCAUUUUAUGAGGAAUAAUUUUGAAAACCCCCUGCAAAAAAAUGACUUAACUUGGUCAAAAAACCUUUUUGGGAAUCCAAAGUAGACGUUCCCCCCUUGCGUCUUCCCAACUUUAAGUUUCGAGGGUACGUUUGGCAAAUCGAACCCUCAUCCCUCCCAGAAAUUUUCCUGGAAUUUUGGGGUCGGAACUGGCAGCCACUCCAGGACCUUAAUGUGCUUUCUAGAUUACCACUAAGGUCGUAUGACAAAUCUAAAAAUGGUCGUUAGGAGACCAUUUGGCGGCACAUCAUAAUGGCUUCACACAAUGCUGAGGUGUAACUAUCAGUAAACAGGGCUCUCUUUUUUGAUGUUACCCACCUAAAUGCUCAAAUGUCAUAUAUACGUCAGUAUAUUCUGAAUAACCAGGGGCAUAUAUAUGACAACUCUAUUCUCCUUAUGUAUAGAUCAUCUAUGGGACAAAUGAAGGUCAUCAUCAGCAAUAACCUUAAAAGGAAAACAAUACCAGAAAGUUAAAAUGGAUGCAGUGUGUUUGUUGUUCAUUACAAUGAGGGCUUGCUCUCUCUGUCCGAUACAGCUCCUUCAUUGGGCAUGAUAAUGAGGGGUUAAGCAGUGUGCAGACGGUAAAUCUGCUGGGCUGAGAUUGCUCUUCCAUUGGACUGACUUGGGUCCACUACUGUAAAUCUGUCCCAUCCAGAGACAUAGGGUUGUUUAUCACCCACCGGACCUAGUAAACAUCCUCACCAAACCUGUGUGACGUCACUGAAUCAACCCAACUCAUCACACAGCCACCAUGAUAGCCAGAGAAGAUGUGUGGCAGGAAACAAACAAUUUUAAAUAGAUGUGGUUAUCUGGCCAGAGCAUCCAGAUGUAGAAGCAACUGAACUGAGACGUCAGAGUCUGUGUCAAUGUUGUAUUAGUGAGUGUGUUUGUGGUGUGACUGAAAGAGGAAGGCUGGUACAGUUAAGUGCAUGUAGGAAAAGUCAGAGGGAGAGAGAGAGAGAGAGAGAGAGAGAGAGAGAGAGAGAGAGAGAGGAGAGAGAGAGAGAGAGAGAGAGGUCACACCGAGUGCAGUGCAGUGACCUCAUGGUCAGUGGAGUGAGAUAAUGACAGCACACUCAUGCCAUCUGAUGAGGGGACAGACAUUCUUCUGGUCAUCUAACACAAUAUGGACACUAAUAAAACGUUUCAUAAAGCGCUCCAGUCCAUUUGGUUGUCAGUUAAUUGAGAAAUCCUCAUGUAGGGUAACUUAGGUCACCAUGUGACCUAUAUUGGUGUUUUGGCAACUUAUCCAUGUGGCAGGUUUAAUAUUGGGAAAAUAAUAAUAUAUUAUUAAAAAAAACAUAAAACUAGCAUGCAUAUAGUGGUCUAGAUUCAACACAUGACACUAUGGUCACAGAUGAUCAUAUGAAUAUAGAUUUGAUUGAUUUUGUUGUGGAUUAAUAAAUCAAGAAAACAAAACCUUUUAUUGUCAUAAAUGUUGUUGUUUAUAGCCUAAGUACUAUCACAGAAACCUGCCUACCACCUAUAACAACACACGGCUAAGUUUCAACAUUGAAGGAAGGAUGGAAAAUAGCAGUUAGUCGAUCGAAGAUUUUCGCUCAGGAGGAGAUUUUGUGUGUGAGAGUGACGCGCAACGAGUGAGGAAGGUGUAUGUUGGGGAAAGGGUCACGUUUCUAUCCCAACGUAGCUGCAAAUCUCGACCUGGUACAGACACACCGUUUUCAGUACACAUUUGUUCUAACUAAUGCGGGUGUCGUUAUUUGUAGAGCCAGACAGGCGCUCGUGUGUGGAGCUUUUUAGGAGUUGGGAAUGAUUGGUAAGCACGUUAGAUACUAUUCUUAUUAAUAGGCUUCCUGAAUGAGGACACGGAUGGAUAUCGUGACACUGUCAAAAUGACACGGACUCUCACUCUCCUUGCUUUCCUUUUCACUUUUAUAAAAUGUAAGUAUUUAAUGUAUGUGAAUUUCGAUUGCAUUGUCAGUUCAGUUGACAUUUUUUUUCUCUACAAUGGGUUGUUGUUCUUGUUGUUAUAACUGUACAUCUUCAGGAGGUUAACUUUUGUAAUUCACCAACAGUGCAUGUAAGAAAUUAUUUAAUUUCAUGUUAGCCAAGUUUCCAUGAGUGCAUAAAGGUGUUUAUUUUAUUAUCAGAGAGGAACAUAGUUCAAAAUGUAUUGAUGGCUUAAUUUCAACAAUCAUAUGUCUUAAAUAAAUUAGAUACAAUACUGUCAAGAGAAUAAAACAAUAUUUGUAUUACCCUUUAUUAGGUCGCACAUAGGAGGACAAGCACUGAAGCACAUUCACAGGCUAGUCAGGCAACCUGGCCUCAGAGCAUUUCAUAUAAUUAUUUACUUAAAUCUGACACACUCCAUUUAGUAUGAUAGGUUACGUUUGGUAUGGCAUGCAUUAAUUUGUGGAUGUCCAUCAUCCAUUUAAAAUGAUAUAUUAUGAAUUACAAUUCGUAUGAUAUGUUACGAAUUUGACAAACAUACAAUAUGUUACGAAUCUUCAAAAUGUAUGCUAUGUUAAGAAUUCCAAUUUGUUGUGACUAACGUAGGCUAGGUGGCUAACGCUAAAGUUAGCUAGCUGGCUAAUAUUAGCUAGGCUAGGGGUUAGGGUUAAGGUUAGGAGUUAGGUUAAAGGGUUAGGGGAAGGGUUAGCUAAAAGGGUUAAGGUUAUGGAUAGGGGAAGGGUUAGCUAAAAUGCUAAGUAGUUGCAAAGUAGCUAAAAAGUAGUAAGUAGUUGAAAGUUGCUAAUUAGCUAAAAUGCUUAAGUUGUCUGUGAUGAGAUUCGAACACGUAACCUUUGGGUUGCUAGAUGUUCACAUUAUAUGCCCACCCACCUUUCAUUUUUUGCCUUAAGUAACCUUCUGUCCUAUGUAACCAUACCACACAUAACAUGAGUAUAAUUUGAGUGUACCGGAUUUAAAUUUACUAUGUUACGUCUAGUCUAUGAGACGCGGCUGAGUCAGCUAAUGCAGAGAUACACUACAUGACCAAAAGUAUGUGGACACCUGCUCGUCGAACAUCUCAUUCCAAAAUGAUGGGCAUUAAUAUAGAGUUGUUCCCCCCUUUGCUGCUAUAACAGCCUCCACUCUUCUGGGAAGGCUUUACACUAGAUGUUGGAACAUUGCUGUGGGGACUCGCUUCCAUUCAGCCACAAGAGUAUUAGUGAGGUCGGGCACUGAUGUUGGGCGAUUAGGCCUGGCUCGCAGUCGACGUUCCAAUUCAUCCCAAAGGUGUUCGAUGGGGUUGAGGUCAGGGCUCUGUGCAGGCCAGUCAAGUUCUUCCACACUGAUCUCGACAAACCAUUUCUGUAUGGAGCUCGCUUUGUGCACGGGGGCAUUGUCGUGCUGAAAUAGGAAAGGGCCUUCCCCAAACUGUUGCCACAAAGUUGGAAGCACAGAAUUUUGACAAACUGACUUGUUGGAAAGGUGGCAUCAUAUGACGGUGCCACGUUGAAAGUCACUGAGCUCUUCAGUAAGGCCAUUCUACUGCCAAUGUUUUUCUAUGGAGAUUGCAUGGCUGUGUGCUCUAUUUUAUACACCUGUCAGCAACGGGUGUGGCUGAAGUAGCCAAAUCCACUAAUUUGCAUAUAUAGUGUAUAUUUCAAUUUAAAUGCUCUCUCUUAUCCUGAGUCACUAAGUCAAACCUAUUAUGUUACAGUAACCUUUACAAUCAGUCAGCAAAGAUAGAGGCAUUCUGGGUAUUAUCUUAGAGAACAUGUUGUGUGUGUUCACUGUGCUGUGGUUGGAGGAGGCGUUUGGUUAAAAGGUUUCCAACAAAAGGGUAUCAAAUGGACAUGACCACCUCGGUAAUACUGAUGAAGGAGCUCUGACCGGCCCUUCUCAGGAAGGGAGAGGGAAGUCACUGGGAGAGUAAAGGAUCAUAUAUCACACUUUGCCUAUACAGUACACUGGCCAUUCACAGCACCUUCUUGCAAGCGGAUUUCACGGCUGGGAUAGAUGCUAUGUGUAGCUUUUUACUUGUCCACUCUGUCUUGUUUGGUUCGUUGUCAUAACAUGUAUGGCCUGACAAUAAAGCCAGGGGAACUGGCUAAAGCACACAGACCUGGCUGGUGACCAGUCUGUCUGUGCUCAGUGUGGAGAACCUGGCAGUAAUAUUCUAACCAUACAGUAAUAUUCUAACCAUACAGCUAAAUGCCACAGUGUUCUGUAAUCAGUAGGACCUCUGGCAUGUCUUGAGGGCCAACACUGCAAUCCAGAUGACAGGAUGUUUUUUGCCUGCUGUUUUCUAUUGGGUCAAAAGACAGGGUGCAUUAUUCACCUCCCAAUCUCGUCCUAGAUGCAAUUUUUCAGAAUGCAGUAUUUUGGAGCGUGGAGCAGAGUGACCUUUUUAAAAGUCAACCAUUGCUGAUUCAGUCUCUGUAUUAACACCGCUGCCCUCUCCUGCCAAUCAACAUAAUGUCAACGCAACACUUUUAAAGCGUUGCCAUUAAAAGGCAUGUACAGUGAGGGAAGAAAGUAUUUGAUCCCCUGCUGAUUUUGUACGUUUGCCCACUGACAAAGAAAUGAUCAGUCUAUAAUUUUAAUGGUAGGCUUAUUUGAACAGUGAGAGACAGAAUAACAACAAAAAAAUCCAGAAACACGCAUGUCAAAAAUGUUAUAAAUUGAUUUGCAUUUUAAUGAAGGAAAUAAGUAUUUGACCCCUCUGCAAAACAUGACUUAGUACUUGGUGGCAAAACCCUUGUUGGCAAUCACAGAGGUCAGACGUUCCCACUCUUUGCAGAUCUUCUCCAAGUCAUUAAGGUUUCGAGGCUGACGUUUGGCAACUCGAACCAUCAGCUCCCUCCACAGAUUUUCCAUGGGAUUAAGGUCUGGAGACUGGCUAGGCCACUCCAGGACCUUAAUGUGCUUCUUCUUGAGCCACUCCAUUUGUUGCCUUGGCCGUGUGUUUUCGGUCAUUGUCAUGCUGGAAUAACCCAUCCACGACCCUUUUUCAAUGCCCUGGCUGAGGGAAGGAGGUUCUCACCCAAGAUUUGAUGGUACAUGGCCCUGUCCAUCGUCCCUUUGAUGCAGUGAAGUUGUCCUGUCCCCUUAGCAGAAAAACACCCCCAAAGCAUAAUGUUUCCACCUCCAUGUUUGACGGUGGGGAUGGUGUUCUUGGGGUCAUAGGCAGCAUUCCUCCUCCUCCAAACACGGCGAGUUGAGAUGAUGCCAAAGAGCUCCAUUUUGGUCUCAUCUGACCACAAUACUUUCACCCAGUUCUCCUCUGAAUCAUUCAGAUGUUCAUUGGCAAACUUCAGACGGGCAUGUACAGUGGGGCAAAAAAAUUAUUUACUCAGCCACCAAUUGUGCAAGUUCUCCCACUUAAAAAGAUGAGAGAGGCCUGUAAUUUUCAUCAUAGGUACACGUCAACUAUGACAGACACAUUUUGAGAAAAACAAAUCCAGAAAAUCACAUUGUAGGAUUUUUUAUGAAUUUAUUUGCAAAUUAUGGUGGAAAAUAAGUAUUUGGUCACCUACAAAGAAGCAAGAUUUCUGGCUCUCACAGACCUGUAACUUCUUCUUUAAGAGGCUCCUCUGUCCUCCACUCGUUACCUGUAUUAAUGGCACCUGUUUGAACUUGUUAUCAGUAUAAAAAACACCUGGCCACAACCUCAAACAGUCACACUCCAAACUCCACUAUGGCCAAGACCAAAGAGCUGUCAAAGGACACCAGAAACAAAAUUGUAGACCUGCACCAGGCUGGGAAGACUGAAUCUGCAAUAGGUAAGCAGCUUGGUUUGAAGAAAUCAACUGUGGGAGCAAUUAUUAGGAAAUGGAAGACAUACAAGACCACUGAUAAUCUCCCUCGAUCUGGGGCUCCACGCAAGAUCUCACCCCGUGGGGUCAAAAUGAUCACAAGAACGGUGAGCAAAAAUCCCAGAACCACACGGGGGGACCUAGUGAAUGACCUGCAGAGAGCUGGGACCAAAGUAACAAAGCCUACCAUCAGUAACACACUACGCCGCCAGGGACUCAAAUCCUGCAGUGCCAGACGUGUCCCCCUGCUUAAGCCAGUACAUGUCCAGGCCCGUCUGAAGUUUGCUAGAGUGCAUUUGGAUGAUCCAGAAGAGGAUUGGGAGAAUGUCAUAUGGUCAGAUGAAACCAAAAUAGAACUUUUUGGUAAAAACUCAACUCGUCGUGUUUGGAGGACAAAGAAUGCUGAGUUGCAUCCAAAGAACACCAUACCUACUGUGAAGCAUGGGGGUGGAAACAUCAUGCUUUGGGGCUGUUUUUCUGCAAAGGGACCAGGACGACUGAUCCGUGUAAAGGAAAGAAUGAAUGGGGCCAUGUAUCGUGAGAUUUUGAGUGAAAACCUCCUUCCAUCAGCAAGGGCAUUGAAGAUGAAACGUGGCUGGGUCUUUCAGCAUGACAAUGAUCCCAAACACACCGCCCGGGCAACGAAGGAGUGGCUUCGUAAGAAGCAUUUCAAGGUCCUGUAGUGGCCUAGCCAGUCUCCAGAUCUCAACCCCAUAGAAAAUCUUUGGAGGGAGUUGAAAGUCCGUGUUGCCCAGCGACAGCCCCAAAACAUCACUGCUCUAGAGGAGAUCUGCAUGGAGGAAUGGGCCAAAAUACCAGCAACAGUGUGUGAAAACCUUGUGAAGACUUACAGAAAACGUUUGACCUGUGUCAUUGCCAACAAAGGGUAUGUAACAAAGUAUUGAGAAACUGCAAAUAAAUUCAUAAAAAAUCCUACAAUGUGAUUUUCUGGAUUUUUUUUUCUCAUUUUGUCUGUCAUAGUUGACGUGUACCUAUGAUGAAAAUUACAGGCCUCUCUCAUCUUUUUAAGUGGGAGAACUUGCACAAUUGGUGGCUGACUAAAUACUUUUUUCCCCCACUGUAUAUGUACUUUCUUGAGCAGGGGGACCUUGCGGGCGCUGCAGGAUUUCAGUCCUUCACGGCGUAGUGUGUUACAAAUUUUUUCCUUGGUGACUAUGGUCCCAGCUGCCUUGAGAUCAUUGACAAGAUCCUCCCGUGUAGUUCUGGGCUAAUUCCUCACCAUUCUCAUGAUCAUUGCAACUCCACAAGGUGAGAUUUUGCAUGGAGCCCCAGGCCGAGGGAGAUUGACAGUUCAUUUGUGUUUCUUCCAUUUGCGAAUAAUCGCACCAACUGUUGUCACCUUCUCACCAAGCUGCUUGGCUAUGGUCUUGUAGCCCAUUCCAGCCGUGUGUAGGUCAAUCUUGUCCCUGACAUCCUUGGAGAGCUCUUUGGUCUUGGCCAUGGUGGAGAGUUUGGAAUCUGAUUAAUUGAUUGCUUCUGUGGACAGAUGUCUUUUAUACAGGUAACAAACUGAGAUUAGGAGCACUCCCUUUAAGAGUGUGCUCCUAAUUUCAGCUCGUUACCUGUAUAAAAGACACCUGGGAGCCAGAAAUCUUUCUGAUUGAGAGGGGGUCAAAUACUUAUUUCCCUCAUUAAAAUGCAAAUCAAUUUAUAACAUUUUUGACAUUAAUUUUUCUGGAUUUCUUUGUUGUUAUUCUGUCUCUCACUGUUCAAAUAAAUCUACCAUUAAAAUUAUAGACUGAUCAUUUCUUUGUCAGUGGGCAAACGUACAAAAUCAGCAGGGGAUCAAAUACUUUUUUCCCUCACUGUACAUUCCCCUUUCAAGACCCAAGUUGAUACACACACACACACACACACGCACGCACACACACACACACACACACACACACACACACACACACACACACACACACAUACACACUGUAAUAGCCCUUCUCAGCAGGUAGUGAUUACUAGUUUGAGUGGCCUGCUCUCCCACUGGCCAGUGCCCUUCACCUCUGGGUAAGGAGUGUGGAUGUUUGACAGCAGCCUCCCAGGGCUUUGACAACAUGCCAUCUGUCUUGUAGAGGACCCAUUGUGUUUGAUGGGAGUCCAGCCAAGUGACUGAUGAUAGGGUAGCCAUGGCAACAUGCACCAGUCUAUGAGGGAGUCCUGUUGGACACUCCCGAACUCUCAACUCUACAUGUGGUAAUUGUCUGGCAUAAACUGGCACAUGGGCCUGUCUGAUAAUACACUAUUGGGAAGGGAUCUACAGUCAAAACAUGUAUCUUAUUUUUACCUACCAUAAUAAACGUGAAUCAAUACUAUGCAUGCCUGUCUCCCUUGGCUACAAGUAGAGGAGAGUCUGACUGCAUCACUUCUUGUUUUUAAAAGAAACAAUGUGUUGAAAAUUCAAAAUUGUUUGCAUAGUCAAUUUACACACAGCACUGACACACACACUUACCCACCAGACAUGACACCAGGGGUCUUUUCACAGUCCCCAAAUCCAGAACAAAUUUAAGAAAAUGUACAGUAUUAUAUAGAGCCAUGAUUGCUUCCAUCAAAGGUUGCUCAUGUAAACAGCAAACCUGGUAUAAAAAAAACAGAUAAAGCAACACCUCACUGCUGAAUGCCUCUCCCCUAUUUGACCUAGAUAUUGUGUGUAUGUACUGAUAUGUAGGCUAUGUAACAUUUUAAAUGUAUCUAGUUCUGUCCUUGAGCUGUUCUUCUCGAUUAAUGUUCAGUAUUAUUUUAUGUUUUAUAUUUCGUGUGGACCCCAGGAAUUGUAGCUAUUGCAACAGCUAAUGGGGAUCCUAAUAAAAUACCAAAUAUCAGUGCAACAGUCUUAGCAGCUAUUGUAAAGAUUACUCCAGGGCAUGUACCAUUUGACUAAGCAUUUUUUCCCAAAAUGAUUACUUCUGACUGGGCUACUCAGCUUCUCUCUGCUACUGUAUGUCGGAGCAUUAGUCACUAUAGAGGAGGGCUGAUGGGGGAAGAGAGGGUUGUUGGGGGAAGAGAGAGAGUGGGGGGGUGCUCGCCAUUGUUUUUAAUCAAAGCCCUCUUUACUCCUGACUUGCGCGUCGUUUAUCAAGGAGAAGAAGGUGUGCUGGUUUGGUUCAUGGCUUGGUAUUCAUGGCUGUAGCUCACAUAAGAGAAAAGGCUGAUCAUGUGGCUUUAGGCUCUGGCUCUGCAACAGCAGAAUCAUUAACACUCUACCGAAACAUCUCCCCUCCCAUAUCCCGGAUGUUAAUUAUUCUGCAGAAAGGCUCCAAGGCCCUCAUAUUUUUUACUAUCUAUUUAACACAGCCCAAGCCCUAUCAGACAUGCAUUCUCCCCUGUGGGAGUCUGUCUCGCACUUAAGUAUGCAGUUUGUUUGGAGUGCUAUUAAACACCUCCAGGUACAAGGGUAUAGAAACCAGGAAGUGUCGCAGUAGGUGCUUUGUUCCUAUUUGUCCUGGGUUGGGGAGCUGACAGACUGAAAGACUGCAGAGUCAGCAACACAGUCUUCAUCCAGUCCACACAAGACUAUAAAACAUGCUCCAUUAAACAACAUAAAAAGACUGGCGUGACAGUCCAGCUAUAAAACCAGUGACUAAACACAACAACAGCCAGUGGGUCUUUUUUAUCGCACAGUAAUCUAGUUUUUUCAUUGUCAUAACACAAUUGCAAUAAAGGUAACAACUGUGACUAUUUCCCAUAACUAUCCCCAAAUCACUGUUGACUCUAUCCACAGGUGGCAGCUGUGCGGACUCAGAGGAGCGUCUGAUGAACUGGCUGCUGGGAAAGGAUCGCUACAACAAGCUGAUCCGCCCAGCCGUAAACAGAAACGAGCGCGUCACUGUCAUACUACAGGUGUCCCUGGCCCAACUCAUCAGUGUGGUGAGUCUCAUGAUAGCCGAUCCAUAGAGCCAGUUAGAGUGCCUGAGAUGGAGAGGAGAUGUGGCAGAUGACGGAGACCACAGAGGGAGAGGACAGAGGAAGAGAUGGACAGAGCAGAGGGAGAGGACAGAGGAAGAGAUGGACAGAGCAGAGGGAGAGCAGAAAGGGAGAAGAGAGGGGAGAAAACAGAAAGGGAGAGCAGAGCUCAGAGGAGCCAGUGGCAAACAUUUUAAUUACUUACACAGAUUCUACUGAAAGGCCCUGGCCCUAAUGACAGCAUGGGUAUAGGAUGGAUCUGGCAGGGCUAUGCUCUCCGUCUCUGUCAUGUCCAGAUUGAAACUUCAGCACAUUGCGUUAGAAGGAGCUGUAAAGCUGCCGCAGGAGAGGACGUUGGAAUCCCACACUGAUUUACAGGAUCCUACCCUCCCUUCCUCCCUGCCCUGGCGUGGCCCAGAGAAUAACAGCAGGACACAUACAUCCUCUGUUUAUGGCCUCUUAUUGUCCUCCUCUUCUUUGGUAAUUGAAAUUUUAAUGUCCUGUAAAGUGUAAUGGUAUGAGAAGUGUGAUAUAUUUGUUUUAAAGCAUUGUGCUGCUGCGUGCAGUGGAGGUUUGCACACUCUGCUGCCCACUCCUUUUUAGGGCUGUUCGUUUUGACUUGCUGUUCAGAGUUGAUGCAAGCGCUCUGGGAAUUUAUCAACAGGUCCGACGGCGCUCAGAUGGCAGAUGUGUUCCAGGCGAGGGUGUCAUUUAUCUUAACAAUAGACCCCAUGUGCAGGGAAUUUAUUCAGCGUGAAAACACAUCUCUCACUUUUACUCUCUUCUAAAUCAAGCAUGUGCACUAGAUGUGUGCUGGAGUCUGUAUGUGUGUCUGAGUUGGUGUCAUUAAACAUGCUUUGUGUAUUGUAUAGUAAAUAGUCUGUUUUUAAAUGAAGCUAACACUCCACUACCUUUUUAAUUUCCAGAAUGAAAGAGAGCAGAUUAUGACCACCAACGUUUGGCUCACACAGGUAAGCGGAAGAUUAUGGUCCUAUCCUAUUAAUCAUUCAUUACUCAGUCUGUCCCCUCGUCUAUCUCCAGCUCCAGUGUCCUUCUCACUGAGUCUGAAUUAAAGCAGAACCAUGCUUCUGACUCAGACAAUCCGGAACAGAACAGACUGAUAAUUGUGCACACACCAUUCACCACUUUUCAUUUCAAUGAUAAUUAAGUGUGUCAUUGGGAAUAAUCUGGUGUUGAGAGAGAGUCCUUAUGUGACUGGGUGUGACAGCCAGAACCGUGAAGGUAGCAUAGCAGUUAAUAGCGUUGGGCCAGUAACCGAAAGGUCGCUGGUUCGAAUCCCAGAGUCGACUAGGUGAAAAAUCAGUCUAUGUGCCCUUGAGCAAGGCACUUAACCCUAAUUGCCCAUCUAAAUUGCUCUGGAUUAGAGUGUCUGCAAAAUGACUAAAAUGUAAAAUAUGUAACUUCCUGUCUGUCUUUCCAGCACUGGGAUGACUACAGGCUAUCAUGGGACCCUUCUCAAUAUGAUGGCAUUGACAAGCUUCGUAUUCCUUCCAGACACAUCUGGCUACCUGAUAUUGUGCUCUAUAACAAGUAAGCAUUGUCCAGAUACAUUUUCUAAAUGAUGAACACAUUUUCUCAUGUAAUUUACAGAUCAGUUUCUGUAAUGGAGUCUGACCCUAUCUCUAAUCCUCUCCCCCUACCUCGCUUAUCCCUCUCUCCAUAGUGCGGAUGGAACCUAUGAGGUAACAGUCUUUACCAAUGCCAUUGUCCAGUUCAACGGCAGCAUCUUCUGGCUCCCUCCGGCCAUCUAUAAGAGUGCCUGCAAGAUCGAGGUCAAGCACUUCCCCUUUGACCAGCAGAACUGCACGCUCAAGUUCCGGUCGUGGACCUACGACCACACUGAGCUCGAUCUGGUCCUGAAGUCAGGGGUGGCCAGCAUGGACGACUUCACGCCCAGUGGGGAAUGGGACAUCUUGGCCCUGCCGGGCAGGCGGACGGUUAAUCUUCUGGAUCCUACCUACGUAGAUCUCACCUAUGACUUCAUCAUCAAGAGGAAGCCGCUGUUCUACACCAUCAACCUGAUCAUCCCCUGUGUCCUCAUCACCUCUCUGGCCAUCCUGGUCUUCUACCUGCCAUCUGACUGUGGGGAGAAGAUGACUUUGUGUAUCUCAGUCCUCCUGGCCCUCACUGUGUUCCUCCUCCUGAUCUCCAAGAUCGUCCCUCCCACCUCGCUGGACGUGCCUCUGAUUGGGAAGUACCUGAUGUUCACCAUGGUGCUGGUGACCUUCUCCAUCAUCACCAGUGUGUGUGUGCUCAACGUGCACCACCGCUCCCCCAGCACACACACCAUGCCCUCCUGGGUCAAGGUAGUGUUCCUCAACAAGCUGCCCCAUCUGCUCUUCAUGAGACGCCCCCAGAAUAACUCGGCCCGCCAGCGGCUGCGCCAGCAGAGACGACUCCAAGCUCGCAGGUCCAUACUGGCGGACCUGGGCUACCCUGCCACCGCCACAUCCAAAACAGCCAAAGCUGCCACCGCCAUGUCUUCCUCCUCUGCCUCAGCCUUCUCCUCCCCGGGACACUUUUACAACAAAGUCGCAGCUCCGCUGGGGUACACACACACCUUCAGGAAGGGGGAGGCCUGCUCCACUGAGUUCCUGCCCAACAGCUUCCCCUCCUCCCAGGACCUCCGCCAGAGAGGCAGCCCAGACUGGGGGGGAGAUGUCCAGGAUGCAGUGGACGGGGUCCGCUUCGUGGCUGAUCACAUGAUGGGGGACGACGAUGACCAGAAUGUAAGUGAACCAUGACCAUGUCAAUGGGGUUAGGGUUGUGAAAUGAGCUAGAGAUAUGACUCAAAGCAGUGUUUUUUACCAUUGGUCCUGGAGAGACAUAGCGUGUACAGCCUAGUACUUUAACACCUGUCUCCACUAAUGAUCAUGACCUUGAUCAGCUGGAUCAGUUGUGUAAGUGCUGGGCUAGGACAAAAGCCUGCACACGCUGUGGUCCUCAAAAACCAGGAAUGAAGAGUACUGGGAUGUGAGGUAGUUGAGAAUAAAACCCAGUAAAAUAACCCAGACUGUUGUAAUAGAUUGUUUUCAUAAAUAAAUCUAUGUAAAAGUGAGGUGACCAGGCCUGAAAAAUGGCCACCUUCAAAAACUGCAGAGGAACAGCAGAGGAGAGGGGUGAAAGGGUCAAUAGCUGUUACAAGGUCUGGCUCAGCAAUAUUUAGACUGGUGGUUUCUCAUUGUUUCUUCAUCUUAUAUUACAUUUGCAUCACUUUUUACCUCAUCAAUCACAUAUUAUACUCCACACCCAAUUUUUGCAUGUCACAGGUGUUACUGUAUGAACAUGACAGUAAUCUGAUCAUACCUUGUUCUCUGUGUGGUCCCAGGUGAUUGAGGACUGGAAGUAUGUGGCCAUGGUUGUGGACCGUAUGUUCCUGUGGAUCUUUAUAAUAGUGUGUGUGACUGGAACCCUGGGUCUCUUCCUCCAGCCUCUGUUUCAGCAUUCAAUAGUCCCCAUCCAGCAGCCCAGCUCAGACACACCCCGUACCUGAACCCCCUAAGCUGUAUGGGGAAAUAAGGGUCAUAGCCCAUCAACCAACGCCAUGUGGCCUACAGCAAUACAAGUCUCUAUGCUCUUUCUGUUUCUACUACCUGGUCCUAACAUGACACAUCGGUACAAGGAAGAGUUGACUUUUUCAUGUAGUUGAAGCAGAGCUACAAAGAUGGACUAUAUCCUGUAAAACCAGACUGAAAAUAAAACAUUACCCGGGUGGAGAAAUAACCCAUAUAGUACAGAGAUAUGUCAGAUAUCAUAAAAAUGUCAUAGAAAAUGUACAAAUGUAUAAAAAGGUCAGUGAGUUUGAUUAAAUUCAUUAACACCCAAUAAAGUCUAAAGUGGUGGGGUACUUCAUGAAAUGAUGUUCAGUGUGAUUAAAUAAAAUAGCUUGACUCAGUUAAAGCAAUUUUCAAGUGUAAAUCAGAUUAUUAGGUCACACUGAUAAGAUGGAUAUUGGGCAAAAUCAUGCAGCUCAGAACAUAUAAUGACUCAAGCUAAGGUGUUAUAAAGAGGCCUCCUAACUGAUACACUCCAUAUAUAAAAUGAGUUAGUGUAUGAGUUACAAGUCUAUAACCUGUGAAUUACUGGGGAUAUUCCCCACGGAUGUAUUAUUUUGAUGCAUUAAACAGUUCCAGUUAAAAAAUAUAUUUGUACUGUUUAUUUUGUUAUAUGUUCGUUUCCUGACUAUCCAUGAACAGAAACAUAAAGGCAGAAACAUAAAGGUAGUGAGCCUAAUAGUGAAACAUUGACAGCCACACAAGAAGUUACAUAUUGUGCCAUCUACUGGCCACAUUGUAGAUGCCCACACUGGCAACACAUCCAUUGACAUUGCACUGACUCUCUCUCUCUCGCACACACUGGAGGAAGACGUUUACUGCUCAAUAAAGACUGCUGAGAGGCUCAUUAGAGAUUCUGCAGACUCUUGUGGUUCUUUUGUGAGACAUUUAAAUCAAGAUAACACAUGCAUGAUGCAUUCCAGUGCCAGGAAUGGUUAAGUUGAGUUUUUUUGUUCAAUUCAAUUACAAAAUCAAGUGUUGUUCCUUUAUAUUCAUUUGUAAUUUGUAGGCACUUCAAAGCAGAGUAAUCAUAUUCAUAAGAACCUACCCCUAUACCGAAUGAACAUCAAUAAUGUAUUCAGUCCAAAGAAAACAACACAGGGGUUUUUACCUCAAGAACAACAAGAGGACAUCAUGAGUAAUCACCAAUAUCAGUAUGAGAUGCCACCAGUAAAUUACAUCCUAUUAGUCAAAUGCAUGAAGGCCUGUUUCUGAGGGUGUCCCUGUCAGCUAUAGGUAUCAAUCUCUCCUUUGAUAAAUCGCCAGAGCCCUGUUUAUCACUGACUUUCUGUCACAUCAGCUGCUAAUGACAAGGCAAAGCAGCUUUGUUACUGAUUCAUUAAACAUGUGAAUCUCCUACCUCAACUGAUGAUAUGUGAUUACACUGACAGUUUAAACAUCCCCUGCCUACUGGGGAGUUUAAGGAAUACCACUGACUUCUAGGAAAUGUGCAAGGUGGGUGCUUUUAACCUAAUAACAUAUACAUUUUUUGUGCCAAUAGAGUUUGAAUGAUUGUACCCUUCUAAUAUGCUUACACCUAUCCUAAAGAAUAGCCUCUUUACUAAAUGUGAUCUGUAUCACAUUUGUUGGUCUGUCUUGCCAAUUUUUAUAGUACUGUACCUACAGUAUGUCUUAAUCUUAAUGUUUGUGUUUUUUGUUUUGUCUGAAUUUUGGGGGUGUAAUUACAAUAAUUGUAUUAAAAUAAUUGUAAAUAAUGCUUUAUCUAUACUGCCACACUGGCAUGACAAUAACAUAACACAUCUGCUUUAUCAGCUUGAUAACCACAGAUGUAACAUGUUAACACAGCCCUCAAAAUUAUUUUACAGCAGCAGGCCAUUAUUCUCGCACUCUACCCCUACCUUGGACGACGCUGGACCAAUUGUGCGCCGCCCAUGGGUCUCCCAGUUGCGGCCGGCUGCGAGAGAACCUGGACUCGAACCGGGAUCUCUAGUGGCACAGCCUUAGACCACUGCGCCACUCGGGAGUCAGAUACAGUACUUUCCCCUCAGUUCUAACACUCACAUGGUGUGCCACUUUACAUUAUACAACAGUCUACACCAAAUCAGCAAGGUUUUUUCAGCUGCUUUCACACCUCUGAAUGAAUCAUUGAUUCACUGUCAACAAGGAAUUUCGUUUGAAUUUGUAAACUGAACUCCAGUAACGUCCUCAUACCUCCAAUCAAAUAGUCUUCUAGCCCCACCCAAAUAGAAUUGAACGAUCUGUUAUCGAUUCUGUUGAGUUGAUAGACUGCAUUCUAUAGGCCUAGGCCAGAAAUCAAAUACAUGACGUUCGUUAUUAGUGAUACAUACAGUACUGUGCCUUGCAGAAGUAUUCAUCCCCCUUGGCGUUUUUCCUAUUUUGUUGCAUUACAACCUGUAAUUUAAAUGGAUUUUUAUUUGGAUUUCAUGUAAUGGACAUACACAAAAUAGUCCAAAUUGGUGAAGUGAAAUGAAAAAUAUAACUUGUUUCAAAAAAUUCUAAGAAAUAAAUAACGGAAAAGUGGUGUGUGCAUAUGUAUUCACCCCCUUUGCUAUGAAGCCAAAACCAAUUACCUUCAGAAGUCACAUAAUUAGUUAAAUAAAGUCCACCUGUGUGCAAUCUAAGUGUUACAUGAUCUGUCACAUGAUCUCAGUAUAUACACACCUGUUCUGAAAGGCACCAGAAUCUGCAAUACCACUAAGCAAUGGGCACCACCAAGCAAGCGGCACCAUGAAGACCAAGGAGCUCUCCAAACAGGUCAGGGACAAAGUCAUGGAGAAGUACAGAUCAGGGUUGGGUUAUAAAAAAAAUACACCAUUAAAUCCAUUAUUAAAAAAUUGAAAGAAUAUGGCACCAAAACAAACCUGCCAAGAGAGGGCCGCCCACCAAAACUCACGGACCAGGCAAGGAGGGAAUUAAUCAGAGAGGCAACAAAGAGACCAAAGUUAACCCUGAGGGAGCUGCAAAGCUCCACAGCAGAGAUUGGAGUAUCUGUCCAUAGGACCACUUUAAGCCAUACACUCCACAGGGCUGGGCUUUACGGAAGAGUGGCCAGAAAAAAGCCAUUGCUUAAAGAAAAAAAUAAGCAAACACAUUUGGUGUUCGCCAAAAGGCAUGUGGGAGACUCCCCAAACAUAUGGAAGAAAGUACUCUGGUCAGAUGAGACUACAAUUGAGCUUUUUGGCCAUCAAGGAAAAUGCUAUGUCUGGCGCAAAUUCAACACAACUCAACACCCCGAAAACACCAUCCCCACAGUGAAGCAUGUUGGUGGCAGCAUCAUGCUGUGGGGAUGUUUUUCAUUGGCAGGGACUGGGAAACUGGUCAGAAUUGAAGGAAUGAUGGAUGGCGCUAAAUACAGGGAAAUUCUUGAGGGAAACCUGUUUCAGUCUUCCAGAGAUUUGAGACUGGGACAGAGGUUCACCUUCCAGCAGGACAAUGACCCUAUGCAUACGGCUAAAGCAACACUCAAGUGGUUUAAGGGGAAACAUUUAAAUGUCUUGGAAUGGCCUAGUCAAAGCCCAGACCUCAAUCCAAUUGAGAAUCUGUGGUAUGACUUAAAGAUUGCUGGACACCAGCGGAACCCAUCCAACUUGAAGGAGCUGGAGCAGUUUUGCCUUGAAGAAUGGUCAAAAAUCCCAGUGGCUAGAUGUGCCAAGCUUAUAGAGACAUACCACAAGAGACUUGCAGCUGUAAUUGCUGCAAAAGGUGGCUCUACAAAGUAUUGACUUUGGGGGGGGGGUGAAUAGUUAUGCAUGCUCAAGUUUUCUGUUUUUUUUUGUCUUAUUUCUUGUUUCACAAAAAAAAUAUUUUGCAUCUUCAAAGUGGUAGGUAUGUUGUGCAAAUCAAAUGAUACAACCCCCCCCAAAAAAGCAAUUUAAUUCCGGGUUGUAAGGCAACAAAAUAGAAAAAAUGCCAAGGUGGUGAAUACUUUCGCAAGCCACUGUAUAUACAAACGUCGACUAUGAAAGCAGUCUGAUGGCGAGGUGACUCCAAUUCCUGAAAUUACCUGGCCGUGGGGGUUAAAGUGGCGACGUUAUGAUGGCCGUGGGGGUUAAAGUGGCGACGUUAUGAUUGACUACCGUAGUUUCUCACCCUCUCUCUCCUGCAUCCCUCCCUCACCCCGCGCGCAGUUGGCUCCCCAGCAUCUGUAGCAGCUUGUCGGCACCGCGCGCUUUCAUUACUCCCACUUCCCACUUUCUCUCUUCUUCUGCCUCUUUUUGUCGUUCGUGUCCUGAUAGAUUGAGGAUUCGUUUUCUGAAAUCCUUAACAAUGAACGCCCAAUUUUUCCUCAUUUUUUCCACCUGUUCGUUCUUUCUUUUCCUUUUUUCGGGUGAGUAGCGUAUAGUUUACCUUGAUAUGAGCCCUCUACUUGUUGCUUUUAGUGCAAUCGUACUGUAUUCAAUUCAAGUAAUAUCAUAUACCGAACAUUAUGAUGGCCAAUAAUGACUGAUAAAACGGAGUAUGCUUGCAUGGAUAGCUUAUACUUGGAACGUCUAGAAAGCCCACAAUUAAUAGAAAUUACAUUUUAAAUUAAAGUUAUAGGCCUAUUGUUUUUACAUUUGUUGGCGUGGAUGUCAUUAAUAAGUAGACAGUUUAAAUAUCUGAUUUGUGUGGUUUCCUGAUGUUUUUAGUGAACCUCAAAAUCAGGAGAAGUGAUGUUUUGUUCUUUAUGGGAUAUAGCCUAUGACACUCUCAGCAAAUGCGUUAAUGUUAUAAACCAUUCCCAGAUAUUUGUCGCGCCUAUUUUUUAUUUUAAAUAGUAGGUUCCAUUAAUUGUAUAUAAACCGUUAAUAAAUGGUUGUACAUUUAUUUCGUUUAUUUCAAAAAGCAAAGCAUGUUGCUGACAUUUGAUGUUAGAAUACAAUAAAUACAUCUUCGGUCACUCAGAUGUGUGAUUUCUUUGAUUCCAAGGUAGCCUACUGUCUGAGUCAUUUGUAUUAGGCUACUGUAUGAAAUCUGACCUUCAAAGAAAAUAAUUCCACUCUCCCUGCUUGGCAAUCUAAGCAGGGAAAAAAUUGUCCAACUGAAAACAAAUAAACUAACCUACCUGUUGAAUUGACUCAGGGACGAAAAUAUAGUAUAUAGUUAGAAAAUAGGGACAAUUGAGGAAGUGUCAUUGGCUAAAAAUAAUUAGUCACUCAGGCUCAGUCUACUCUACACCAACAUCAGUCAGAAUACUGAAAGAUGGACUUGUCCACUUCAUCACCAUAGGCUACAAAAGGUGUUUUACCUUAAAGUUUGACUAAUGUUGCCUGUGUCUAACCUUCCACCUCACCUCUCUUAUUCAGGAGGCUCCUGCUCUGAGGCAGAACACAGGUUGUUCUCAGUGAUAUUCUCCAGCUACAAUCAGUACAUCCGCCCAGUGGAGAAUGUGUCUGACCCAGUUAUCGUGCAGUUUGAGGUGUCCAUGUCCCAGCUUGUCAAAGUGGUGAGUGUGUGUGUGUGUGUGUGUGUGUGUGUGUGUGUGUGUGUGUGUGUGUGUGUGUGUGUGAGAGAGAGAGAGAGAGAGAGAGAGAGAGAGAGAGAGAGAGAGAGAGAGAGAGAGAGAGAGAGAGAGAGAGAGAGAUGGUGACUCUGCUGUGCUACUGUGCUGUAUGUCUCCCUGGUGUUUGAGAGGUACACUCUCGGACAGUAGAGCGUAUAUAUCACACAGUACAGUCUGUGAGAGGCCAGGCUCUGACAGGGAGAAACAAAUCAUUCCAUAAAUAACGUAUUGAGCACAGAGCCUCUGUGCAUUCUCUUAAAUGAAUAUGCAUUGAUUCACGGUGAUGAAAGCCCAUGUUGAGAGCAGCAGUGUGUGGGAGGAUGGAGGGGUCUCAACUCAACUAUAUGUGUAUGAUCUCAUAUGAGAGACCAAAGUGAAGAGUUGGGCAUGGUUCGGGUGCUAUCCAGGACACUUGAGAUGUGCCCUGCUGUAAAUGAGACUCUCUGGGGCCAGUGGGUGAUAUCAGCCUGAGCCUGGACCCAACGGAGCAUGUCACAGCGAACGGCUGCGUGGGUGUGUGAUUGGCUAAGAGAAGAUGGGAAAUGUCAGCUCUCUGAUUCCCUCACUCUUCCCAUCUCUGAGCGGACAGCCCCUUUCACUCAAUCACUGCCACUUCAAAUGAGUGCCCCUGGUUUUAAUGCCUGUUUUGGCCGGGGCUCGCUGUAAGGAGAUUGGACGAGGAGAGAGGCAGCUGUUUCGCCAGCCUCAAACUGCCCCAGAGGGGAUUACUUUAAUUACACAAAAAAGGGGAGGGAGGAAGGGUGUCAUUCAAAUGAACAGAUGUAUUAUUAUACCAAAAUACUGGCUGACCCCUUACGUAACAGGGAGCUUAAUGUGCUGGGUUUUGUCACAUAAAAUCACUCAGGGAAGAUUUAACUUACUCUCUGUGUAUACUUCAUAACAUAAAGAAAUAACACAUUUGGGCCACUUUGCGCUACAUCAGACCUUAUACAACUACCAAUGGAAUAACCUGUGUGAUUACUGUAACAGAUAGAAGCUAGGUACAUUCAGUUAAGGAGGACUUAUCCAUGUUUUGUCAUGAUCUGUGUUUAUUAUGGUUCCACAUUGUGAGCAGGUUCUCGUUAAAUAUUGAAUAAAACAGGGCCACCACGAGUCUUUUCCAUUUCAGUAAAUAUCCUCUGUAGAGCUUUCCUUUGGAGGAACUGGGCUGCCAAAGAGAACCUCUCUUUUCUGACACAGAGAUACAGUAUUUCUCAUAUUUCCCUGACCUCAGCCCAUUUAACAGCACAGAAGAGCUUCCUGUUUUGAUGGAUGACCAUUAUUUCCUCCCCACGCCUCACGCUCCUCCAACCCCUCUACAACUGGGAUACUUUAGCCUGCUUAUAGCUGGACUAUUAUCUUAUUUAAAACGCCCAUUCUUCCAGGUGGCUCAGACAUAAUCUCUCAUUUAAAUAAUGUACAGUCAGUGUGCCACUGGUUUCUCAGUCUGCCUGGGACAGACAGGGCUGGCCUUGUUCUGCAACCCCAGAACCACCUGUACUGUAUCAACCUGCAGCAGUCUUCCUCGUCUUAGAGCCAUCACCUGGAGUGUUUCCUGGGAGCUCAUCAGGACACAUGAAUGGUUAAUGUUAUGAGCUGGGUUCUGUCUGUCUGUCGGUCUGUUGGUCUGUAUGUCUGUUGCUGUCUGUCUGGCUGACUGGGAAAAUCUAAAUUGUUUUUGUUCGCCUCCUCUCCUCUGUCCUCAAAGGUAAUUGAGGGGAGGAGGUGAGGAGAGGAUACGUGGAAACAAAUGCACGUAUGAAAUGAGAUUCUCCUUCUACACUCAGGCAAAUUACGUUUACAUGAGUUGAAUCCCUAAAUAAAUGUGUAAAUUGGUCAAACUAAUUAAGAUGGUUGUAGAAAACAUUUUAUAGAUAAGAAGUUAAGUAGUGUAUCAUUUUUAAACGUGUCCGUUCUAAAAAAAAACAGCAGCUGAUUCAAAGGGUGUUUCACAGAUUCUAAAACACUUCCACGCUAGCCACCGAAAGGAUACUUAUGAGUAUCCUCGGUGAGAGGAGGCUAUCGAGGAGUGGAGGACACUUCUCCAUUCAGCUACUAACGAAUUGACACUAUCCUCGACCACUCACCCAUUUAUCGGUUUCUGGGUCAUGGAGGAGAGGAGGACGGAGGACAGACCUUUGCCCAAAUGAGAAUCUCCCUCUCUCUCCUUCUCUCUCUAUUUCUUUAUUUUUCCAUCCUCCCCCCUUCCCUUCCACCUGAGCUGUGACAGUGUCAGAGCUGAGCUGGGGCUCACUUCAGGCCCUAACUGGCACAUUGUGAGAGACAGCCUGCAGCCCGAGGGCCUAGAGGGUGAAGCCAUCAUACAGUGUAUGGUAUGCCUCUGGGCUGGAGGACCCAGGUGUUCCUCUCCUCUCAGUGUAGUGUCCUCCUCCCUGGGUAACUCCAGCCAGGGUUAGACCCAGGACAGAACGCUCUGUUCACCCUGCCUAUCCUGUACGGAAGAUGAUUGCUCCUGACAGAGUGCCCCCUUUCUAACUAUGAAAUAUUCAUACAGUUCAUGACUCUGGUCAACUUGUCCUUCUGAGAGUAAAUUCUUAUUUUCUGUUUCUCAGGAUGAAGUUAAUCAGAUUAUGGAGACGAACCUGUGGCUGAGACAUGUAAGUACAAUCUUAAUCCAUCUCCUACUGUACGUGUAUAUAAAUUACUGUUUAAACAAGGUCACUCCUCUACAUCUACCUGACCUACUAUCAUACAUGAUUCCUGGAGGCCAUAAUGAUAUCUUACAUUAUUCAUCAGGGAUAUGCUUUUAACCCGCCGGGUAUUAACCUUCUGACAGAGGCUUAUGAGCCAUAGGUUUACCCUGCCAUGACUGGGUUACAUUUAUAUUCAGAGAUGAUAUCCAGAGAUGGACUUUAUUAUAAAGAAACCACGAUCAAAACAACAAACCAAAUAAGACGAAAGUGAAGUUCAAUACUGAUAAUGACUAACAGCAACAAGGAAACAAAAACCCACAAAACCAAGGUGAAACCACACAGUAUAAAUAUGGCUCCCAAUCAGAGAUAACGAGCCGACAGCUGACACUCGUUACCUCCGAUUGGGAGUCAUAUGACUAAAUCAACAUCAAAACCAAACAUAGAAAUGAAACAACUAGAUCCCACAUAGAACUACACCCAAAUGAAAAUGACAACCCUGGCUCACUACUAAGAGUCCCGGAGCCAGAACGUCACAGUACCCCCCCCUAAAGGCGCGGACUGCGACCGCGCCUCACAACCCCACAAUAGGGGAGGGCUGGGUGGGUGUUGCUCCCCGGAGGCGGUUCCGGCUCCGGGCUUGACCACCACCCCACUAUAGUUACUACCCGCUUUCUUACCCUCCUCCCAAUGACCACCCUCCACUUAAACCCACCUGGAUUAAGGGGCAGCACCGGACUAAGAGGCAGCACCAGGCUGAGGGACAGCACCGGACUAAGGGGCAGCACUGGACUAAGGGGCAGCACUGGACUAAGGGGCAGCACCUGACUAAAUGGCGGAUCCUGGCUGGCUGGCUCUGGCGGAUCCUGGCUGGACGGCUCUGGCGGAUCCUGGCUGGACGGCUCUGGCGGAUCCUGGCUGGACGGCUCAUGGCUGGCUGACGGAUCUGGCUGCUCAUGGCUGGCUGACGGAUCUGGCUGCUCAUGGCUGGCUGACGGAUCUGGCUGCUCAUGGCUGGCGGAAGGCUCUGGCUGAUCCCGUCUGGCGGAAGGCUCUGGCUGCUCCUGUCUGGCGGAAGGCUCUGGCUGAUCCGGUCUGACGGAAGGCUCUGGCUGCUCCUGUCUGGCGGAAGGCUCUGGCUGAUCCUGUCUGGCGGAAGGCUCUGGCUGAUCCUGUCUGGCGGAAGGCUCUGGCUGAUCCUGUCUGGCGGAAGGCUCUGGCUGAUCCUGUCUGGCGGAGAGCUCUAGCGGCUCCGGUCUGGCGGACGGCUCUGAAGGCUCAUGGCAGACGGGCGGCUUUGCAGGCUCAGUACAGACGGGCAGUUCAGACGGCGUUGGGCAGACGGACAGUUCAGACGGCGUUGGGCAGACGGGCAGUUCAGGCGCCGUUGGGCAGACGGGCAGUUCAGACGGCGUUGGGCAGACGGACAGUUCAGGCGCCGUUGGGCAGACGGGCAGUUCAGACGGCGUUGGGCAGACGGACAGUUCAGGCCCCGUUGGGCAGACGGCAGACUCUGGCCGUCUGAGGCGCACCGUAGGCCUGGUGCGUGGUGCCGGAACUGGAGGUACCGGGCUGAGGACACGCAUCUCAGGGCUAGUGCGGGGAGAAGCAACAGGGCAUGCUUGGCCCUGGGGACGCACCGUAGGCCUGAUGCGUGGUGCCGGAACUGGAGGUACCGGGCUGAGGACACGCAUCUCAGGGCUAGUGCGGGGAGAAGCAACAGGGCAUGCUUGGCCCUGGGGACGCACCGUAGGCCUGAUGCGUGGUGCCGGAACUGGAGGUACCGGGCUGAGGACACGCAUCUCAGGGCUAGUGCGGGGAGAAGCAACAGGGCAUGCUUGGCCCUGGGGACGCACCGUAGGCCUGAUGCGUGGUGCCGGAACUGGAGGUACCGGGCUGAGGACACGCAUCUCAGGGCUAGUGCGGGAAGCAGCAACAGGGCAUGCUUGGCCCUGGGGACGCACAUAAGGCCUAGUGCGGAGAGCAGGAACAGGCCGGGCUGGGCUGGCGACGCGCACCGUAUCUCUGGUGCGAGAGGCCGGAACAGGCCGGGCCGGGCUGGCGAAGCGCACCGUAUCCCUGGUGCGUGGAGUAGGAACAGGCCGGGCUGGGCUGGCGACGCGCACCGUAUCCCUGGUGCGAGUGGCCGGAACAGGCCGGGCCGGGCUGGCGAAGCGCACCGUAUCCCUGGUGCGUGGAGUAGGAACAGGCCGGGCUGAGCUGGCGACGCGCACCGUAUCCCUGGUGCGAGUGGCCGGAACAGGCCGGGCCGGGCUGGCGAAGCGCACCCUAUCCCUGGUGCGUGGAGCAGGAACAGGCCGGGCUGGGCUGGCGACGCGCACCGCAUCCCUGGUGCGAGUGGCCGGAACAGGCCGGGCCGGGCUGGCGUAGCACACCGUGGACCUGGUGCUUGGAGUAGGAACAGGCCGGUCCGUACCGGGAACACACACCACUGGCCUCAACCGAGGAUCAGGAACGGGCCGGACCGGACUGGCAACACACAUCAGUCUUUCACGCCGUGCCACACACACUUCCCUCCCUCUACUCGCCAAUGGCUCCCGUACUCCGUUAGCCUUCUCUCCUUUUCUCCCUGUGGCAGCCUCCUGCUGCCCAGCCGCCCAAGCCAUGUGCCCCCCCCAAAAAUUUUUUUGGGGUUGCCUCCCGUCCUUCCGACGAUGGCCCUGCCGAUGCCGUUGCUCCUCUCGCCGUCGCCUCUCCACCGUCUCGUUCCAUGGUCGGCGAUCCAUACCAUCCAGGAUCUCCUCCCAAGUCCAGGACCCUUUACCGUCCAACAGUUCCUCCCAUGUCCAGACCCUUUGCUCCUGGACGCGCUGCUUGGUCCUUUUAUGGUGGGUUUUUCUGUCACGAUCGUCAAAAGGAGGAGACCAAAGCGCAGCGUGUUGAGCGAACAUCGUAGACUUUAUUAUAAAGAAACCACGAUCAAAACAACAAACCAAAUAAGACGAAAGUGAAGUUCAAUACUGAUAAUGACUAACAGCAACAAGGAAACAAAAACCCACAAAACCAAGGUGAAACCACACAGUAUAAAUAUGGCUCCCAAUCAGAGAUAACGAGCCGACAGCUGACACUCGUUACCUCCGAUUGGGAGUCAUAUGACUAAAUCAACAUCAAAACCAAACAUAGAAAUGAAACAACUAGAUCCCACAUAGAACUACACCCAAAUGAAAAUGACAACCCUGGCUCACUACUAAGAGUCCCGGAGCCAGAACGUCACACUGGGUUACAUUUCUAUCCAGAGAUAAGGUACAGUAUAUGAUCAUAUGGUGUAGGGCUACAGAGAAUACAAGGGACUGUACUGUUGCAUAGCUUGCUGGUUUUGUCAAAUGGUUGACCCCACUUGGUGCUGCUGAUAUUGUCGUGAUACACGCUGAGAUGAGCUCAUUCUGAGGGAAAUUAACCAGAACUGGUUUCCAGGUCUUUAAAUAUCUAGAUCUGUGCUUAACCCUUAUUAAUCUUAUACACGGCCAUCUGUUUGUCAACAUACCUAGAAUAAGGGACUGUGUGUAUAUGGUAACAACCCAGUCACAGUAGAUACAGUCGAGCCAGUCACAAGACGGUUGUGAAGAACCACAUAAUCAAAAAACGUGGCAAUCCGUUUAUUCACUGGUUAAUUAGAUGAAACCGUUAUGGCUUUUUUCUGACCUAAUAGCGAUAAUAUAUAAGUGACACAGGCCUACAGCAGAGAGGUUGUGUCUCCCCUGAGACUUGAUCCAUGACCGUCAGGUCCACAGCUACUGUCCAGACAGGAAGUGCUACAUCCUGUUGCCUCAUUAGGUGAAAUCUUUACAAUGCUCUGUGGUGACUCUCCUGCUGUGUCUUGAUUAGCCUCAGGAGAAUCAAUGGCUGCCCUGGACACAUGCCCUGACUAGCCCAUAAAACACACUAUAUAAACCAUUGUUCAAUUGGCUUUCCCUCAGUUGAUAUAAAGAUUAAUAGGAUUAUUAUAGCCGUAGAUUACUAAUUAACUUACUGGAACAGUGGAGGACACUUAAAAAAUUAAGAGAGGAUAUCUACAGUGCAGCAAGAAAAAAAUAUACAGUGGGGAGAACAAGUAUUUGAUACACUGCCGAUUUUGCAGGUUUUCCUACUUACAAAGCAUGUAGAGGUCUGUAAUUUUUAUCAUAGGUACACUUCAACUGUGAGAGACGGAAUCUAAAACAAAAAUCCAGAAAAUCACAUUGUAUGAUUUUUAAGUAAUUAAUUUGCAUUUUAUUGCAUGACAUAAGUAUUUGAUACAUCAGAAAAGCAGAACUUAAUAUUUGGUACAGAAACCUUUGUUUGCAAUUACAGAGAUCAUACGUUUCCUGUAGGUCUUGACCAGGUUUGCACACACUGCAGCAGGGAUUUUGGCCCACUCCUCCAUACAGACCUUCUCCAGAUCCUUCAGGUUUCGGGGCUGUCGCUGGGCAAUAUGGACUUUCAGCUCCCUCCAAAGAUUUUCUAUUGGGUUCAGGUCUGGAGACUGGCUAGGCCACUCCAGGACCUUGAGAUGCUUCUUACGGAGCCACUCCUUAGUUGCCCUGGCUGUGUGUUUCGGGUCAUUGUCAUGCUGGAAGACCCAGCCACGACCCAUCUUCAAUGCUCUUACUGAGGGAAGGAGGUUGUUGGCCAAGAUCUCGCGAUACAUGGCCCCAUCCAUCCUCCCCUCAAUACGGUGCAGUCGUCCUGUCCCCUUUGCAGAAAAGCAUCCCCAAAGAAUGAUGUUUCCACCUCCAUGCUUCACGGUUUGGAUGGUGUUCUUGGGGUUGUACUCAUCCUUCUUCUUCUCCAAACACGGCGAGUGGAGUUUAGACCAAAAAGCUCUAUUUUUGUCUCAUCAGACCACAUGACCUUCUCCCAUUCCUCCUCUGGAUCAUCCAGAUGGUCAUUGGCAAACUUCAGACGGGCCUGGACAUGCGCUGGCUUGAGCAGGGGGACCUUGCGUGCGCUGCAGGAUUUUAAUCCAUGACGGCGUAGUGUGUUACUAAUGGUUUUCUUUGAGACUGUGGUCCCAGCUCUCUUCAGGUCAUUGACCAGGUCCUGCCGUGUAGUUCUGGGCUGAUCCCUCACCUUCCUCAUGAUCAUUGAUGCCCCACAAGGUGAGAUCUUGCAUGGAGCCCCAGACCGAGGGUGAUUGACCGUCAUCUUGAACUUCUUCCAUUUUCUAAUAAUUGCGCCAACAGUUGUUGCCUUCUCACCAAGCUGCUUGCCUAUUGUCCUGUAGCCCAUCCCAGCCUUGUGCAGGUCUACAAUUUUAUCCCUGAUGUCCUUACACAGCUCUCUGGUCUUGGCCAUUGUGGAGAGGUUGGAGUCUGUUUGAUUGAGUGUGUGGACAGGUGUCUUUUAUACAGGUAACGAGUUCAAACAGGUGCAGUUAAUACAGGUAAUGAGUGGAGAACAGGAGGGCUUCUUAAAGAAAAACUAACAGGUCUGUGAGAGCCGGAAUUCUUACUGGUUGGUAGGUGAUCAAAUACUUAUGUCAUGCAAUAAAAUGCAAAUUAAUUACUUAAAAAUCAUACAAUGUGAUUUUCUGGAUUUUUGUUUUAGAUUCUGUCUCUCACAGUUGAAGUGUACCUAUGAUAAAAAUUACAGGCCUCUACAUGCUUUGUAAGUAGGAAAACCUGCAAAAUCGGCAGUGUAUCAAAUACUUGUUCUCCCCACUGUAUAAAUCUACUCCACAGAAUAAAAGAUAUUCAGCAAAAGGGAUAUGAGCCAUUGAAACUAAGAUAUCUUAAAAUGAUAUCACUGAGACAGAAUGCAUUAGAGAAAAGUACAAUUCCUUGGAUUAGAUCACAAUGGUAAUGAUUGAACUUCAGUCUAAGUUUUUCUGAGAGGGGUAUUUGGCUCAAAGAGACAGUGAUGUUAGCCCUAACAGAGGGAAGGAUACCUUAAAGAUGCGUGUCUGUAUGUCCUCUGAGUCCGUGCUCUGUCCUCUCCUAAAUGAGAAGGUCGCCCCCAGCUGUCAACCUGUGAGAAGACAGAAAGGUCCAAGCUAGUGUACAGGAAAUGACUGCACUAAUACCAGCCAGUAUCUGAAACAGUUUUUUACACUAGCUAUAGGUUUUACUGACAACAAUUGUCAAUGGAUCAAAAAUGUAGAAUGUAGAAUUUGAAAUGUGUGUGGGUUUUAUAAAAGAGUAUUUAUUAUCGAAUGAUAUGUGGCAUCCUGCUACCUCUUCAGAUCUGGAAUGACUACAAACUGAGGUGGGAUCCCAAAAACUUUGGAGGAGUGGAGUUCAUUCGAGUGCCUUCCAGCAGGAUAUGGAAGCCAGAUAUCGUGCUGUACAAUAAGUGAGUUAAACAAGAGUUAUGUCUAGACAUCAAUAUUGAUCCAUGCAGUUGCUAUAAUAAUAUGUAUUGUGCAUAACUGAGUUCAAGGAUUUCUUCUUUGUCACUGAAAUGACAGAGUAGAUGAUACAAAACCAGGACAUGACACUCACAUUUCUUAUGUAAGACCAUCAUAUACUGUAGAUUAUUUAUGUAGCUACUAAAUAUUGUUAAUGGAGUGCAUGUAAAGUCUAUCAGACAGUGUAAUCAAAUGAUGGAGCCUCAGGGCUUCUUUCUGAUUAAUUUAGCUGAGGGACAAUAGUCUGUUGUUUAUUUUACAUCCUUCCAAUGUAAUCUUUAAUGACUCAUCCACCCUCCUCCAUCCCUGUUGUCUGUCUGUCUGUGUCUGUCUGUCUGUCUGUCUGUCUGUCUGUCUGUCUGUCUGUCUGUCUGUCUGUCUGUCUGUCUGUCUGUCUGUCUGUCUGUCUGUCUGUCUGUCUGUCUGUCUGUCUGUCUGUCUGUCCCUCUGUCUAUCUGUCUGUCUGUCCCUCUCUCUCUGUGCCACAGUGCAGUAGGAGAUUUCCAGGUGGAUGAUAAGACCAAGGCCCUGCUUCGCUACAACGGGGAUGUGACCUGGAUCCCUCCAGCCAUCUUCAAGAGCUCCUGCAAGAUCGACGUCACCUACUUCCCCUUCGACUACCAGAACUGCACCAUGAAGUUUGGCUCCUGGACAUACGACAAGGCCAAGAUAGACCUGGUUCUGAUUGGCUCCACCAUCAACCUCCAGGACUUCUGGGAGAGUGGCGAGUGGACGAUCAUCGACGCUCCGGGUUACAAACACGACAUCAAGUACAACUGCUGUGAGGAGAUCUACACAGACAUCACCUACUCUCUGUACAUCAGACGGCUCCCUCUCUUCUACACAAUCAACAUGAUCAUCCCCUGUCUGCUCAUCUCCUUCCUCACUGUGCUGGUGUUCUACCUGCCUUCUGACUGUGGGGAGAAGAUCACCCUCUGUAUCUCCGUCCUCCUCUCCCUCACUGUGUUCCUCCUGGUCAUCACCGAAACCAUCCCGUCUACGUCGCUGGUCAUCCCCCUCAUCGGGGAGUACCUCCUCUUCACCAUGAUCUUCGUCACCCUCUCCAUCGUCAUCACCGUGUUCGUGCUGAACGUGCACUACCGCACACCCAAGACCCACACCAUGCCGUGCUGGGUGCGCAGCAUCUUCCUGGGGCUUCUACCCAGGGUCAUGUUCAUGACCCGGCCGGAGAGGGACCCUGAGAGGCUGCCUGGGCCUGGGGGGGUGGUUCAGCAGCUGAUGCCCCCAGCCUCACGGCCCUGUGUGGUCCACACCACAGGCACCCUGCAGGGGCAGCAGAAGCCCCAGGCUCUGGUCUCCACCGUGGCUGCCAGUGUGCUCCCUAGCCUGGCCCAGCGACAGCGCCUUUUCAUCAGCACGGAGCUCACUAACCUCAAUAACCUUAGCCUUGGUGGUGGUGGUGGUGACUCGGUCAAGGCGGGCUCCAGCUUCCUGUGUCGCGAGGGCCGCUGCAACUGCUGCUGGCGCCAGAGGUCCACCAAGCUGCCCACGGACACGGGAGGAGGGGGCGGAGGGGUGGGGAGCAUCGGGACCCUCAGUGGAGGAGGGGGUGCUGGGAUUGGGGGGGUCAGUGGAGGCGGUGGAGGCGGUGGAAGCUCCUGCUCCAGCUCAGAGUCUCUGGAUGUUAAGCUGAUGACCCUGUCCCCCCACUUCUCGCCAGAGAUCAGGGAGGCCAUGGAAAGUGUAAAGUAUAUCGCCGAAAACAUGAGAAUACAGAACGAAGCCAAGGAGGUAAGUCGAGACGUCGCACAUGUAUAUAAUUCACAAUAGCUAAGAAAGUAUUGAAGGUCUAUAUCUACCAUUUAGUGUCUUUGACAACUGUCUUUCAGGUCCAGGACGACUGGAAGUACGUUGCCAUGGUGAUCGACAGGAUAUUUCUGUGGGUGUUCAUCUUGGUGUGUAUCCUGGGGACCGCUGGGCUCUUUAUCCAGCCCCUCCUAUUGUUCGAU